GUCGUAUAAGAAUUUUCAGAACUGUUGUAACCUCUUAAUUUUCGAUAUUAGACUAGCAUGCAAAAAAAAAAAAAAAAAACCCAAAACAGACAACCAUUUGUCAGAUAUUCUCAUCAUGUGUACGGGGCAUUAGGCACACAGUCAUGCUGGAACAGAGAAGGGCAUUCCCCUUGCCAGGUUUAUUUUAACCGCUUCCAUACAGGGCACUUUUACCCCCUUCCUGCCCAGACCAUUUUACAGGUUUCAGCGCUCUCACACUUUGAAUGACAAUUGCGCGGUCAUACAACUGUACCCAAACUAACAUUUUAUCAUUUUCUUCACACAACCAG